GGGUGGGGCUUUUUGGAGUGCUGGGGAACUUUCUCCCCGUCUUCAGGCUCGGGGAAAGGGAAUGCCAAAUUCAGAGAGACAUGGGGGCAAGAAGGACGGGAGUGGAGGAGCUUCUGGAACUUCGCAGCCGUCAUCGGGAGGUGGCAGCUCCAACAGCAGGGAGCGUCACCGCUUGGUGUCGAAGCACAAGCGGCAUAAAUCCAAGCACUCCAAAGACAUGGGGCCGGUAACCCCCGAAGCAGCAUCUUUGGGUACAAUGAUCAAACCUUUGGUGGAGUACGAUGACAUCAGCUCUGAUUCAGACACCUUCUCAGAUGACAUGGCCUUCAAAUUAGACAGGAGGGAGAAUGAUGAACGUCGUGGAACGGAUCGGAGCGACCGCCUGCACAGACAUCGUCACCACCAGCACCGGCGGUCCCGAGACUUGCUAAAAACUAAACAGACCGAAAAAGAAAAAAGCCAGGAAGUCUCCAAAUCUGCAUCUAUGAAGGACCGGAUAUCAGGAAGUUCAAAACGUUCAAUGGAGGGGAGUGAUGAUUAUGGGAAGACACAAAUAUCCAAAAGCAGCAGCAAGGAAUCCAGGUCGUCCAAACUCCACAAGGAGAAGACCCGGAAAGAACGUGAGUUAAAGUCUGGACAUAAAGACCGGAGUAAAAGUCAUCGGAAAAGGGAAACACCCAAAAGUUACAAAACGGUGGAUAGUCCUAAACGGAGAUCCAGGAGUCCCCACAGGAAAUGGUCUGACAGUUCCAAGCAAGAUGACAGCCCUUCAGGAGCUUCUUAUGGCCAAGACUAUGACCUUAGCCCCCCAAGGUCUCACACUUCGAGCAAUUAUGACUCCUACAAGAAGAGUCCUGGAAGUACCUCAAGAAGGCAGUCAAUCAGCCCACCUUACAAAGAGCCUUCUGCUUACCAGUCCAGCACUCGGUCACCCAGUCCGUACAGCAGGCGACAGAGGUCCAUGAGUCCAUAUAGCCGGAGACGGUCAUCCAGCUAUGAAAGGAGUGGCUCUUACAGUGGGAGAUCACCCAGCCCCUAUGGUCGAAGGCGAUCUAGCAGCCCUUUCUUGAGCAAGAGGUCUCUGAGUCGGAGUCCAAUCCCCAGUAGGAAAUCCAUGAAGUCCAGAAGUAGAAGUCCUGCAUAUUCAAGACACUCAUCUUCUCAUAGUAAAAAGAAGCGAUCCGGGUCACGCAGCCGACAUUCCAGUAUCUCACCUGUCAGGCUUCCAUUGAAUUCUAGCCUGGGAGCUGAACUCAGUAGAAAAAAGAAGGAAAGAGCAGCAGCUGCUGCAGCAGCAAAAAUGGAUGGAAAAGAAUCCAAGAGUUCACCUAUAAUUUUGCCUAAAAAAGAAAAACUUGAGAUGAAGGAGUCAGGGUUAGAGUCUAAAAAAUUACCCAAAAGUAUAAAGUCAGAAAAAUCUACCCGAGACCCUGAACUGGUAAAUACAGCACAUUCAAAUACAGAGGUGAAAAAUUGUUUAGAUGCAGGGAAAGCAAAGCUGGAUGAGACCUUGCAGAAGCACCCUGCUGUUAAGGAUUUGAAAACACAGGGAACCAAGGACGCUAACCCUGUAGCACUGAAGGAGGUGAUUGUUACUUCCAAGGAAACAGAGACAUCAGAAAAGGAGGCCCUUCCGCCUCUCCCCACAGUUACAUCCCCACCCCCUUUACCAUCUGCUACCCCUCCACCUCAGACACCCCCUUUACCACCUUUGCCUCCACUACCAGCUGUUCCACUGCAGCCACCUCUACCUCCUCCCCAACCACUCUUUAGUCAAGUUCCUGUUUCCAGUACUUCAACUUUGCCCUCUUCCCCUCACCUAAGGACAUCUACUCUGUCCUCUCAGACAAAUCCUCAGCCCCCUGUACAGGUUUCUGUGAAGACUCAAGUGUCCGUAGCAGCUGCUAUCCCACACCUGAAAACUUCAACAUUGCCUCCUCUGCCUCUCCCUCCCCUGUUACCUGGAGAUGAUGACAUGGAUAGUCCAAAAGAAAUACUUCCUUCAAAGCCUGUAAAGAAAGAGAAGGAGCAGAGGACCCGCCACUUGCUUACAGACUUGCCUCUUCCUCCCGAGCUACCGGGUGGGGAUCCAUCUCCUCCAGAUUCUCCAGAGCCAAAGUCGAUUACACCACCUCAACAACCAUAUAAAAAGAGACCAAAAAUUUGUUGUCCUCGUUAUGGAGAAAGACGACAAACAGAAAGUGAUUGGGGGAAGCGCUGUGUGGACAAAUUUGACAUCAUUGGGAUCAUUGGAGAAGGAACCUAUGGCCAAGUAUAUAAAGCCAAGGACAAAGACACAGGAGAACUAGUAGCUCUGAAGAAGGUUCGGCUAGACAACGAGAAAGAGGGCUUCCCAAUCACAGCCAUCCGGGAGAUCAAGAUUCUUCGACAGUUAGUUCAUCGAAGUGUUGUUAACAUGAAGGAAAUUGUCACAGAUAAACAAGAUGCACUGGAUUUCAAGAAGGACAAAGGUGCCUUUUACCUUGUGUUUGAAUAUAUGGACCAUGACUUAAUGGGACUGCUAGAAUCAGGUUUGGUGCACUUUUCUGAGGACCAUAUCAAGUCAUUCAUGAAACAGCUAAUGGAAGGAUUGGAUUACUGUCACAAAAAGAAUUUUCUCCAUCGGGAUAUUAAAUGCUCUAACAUUUUGCUGAAUAACAGCGGGCAAAUCAAACUGGCAGAUUUUGGACUUGCUCGGCUCUAUAAUUCUGAAGAGAGUCGCCCUUACACAAACAAAGUCAUUACUCUGUGGUAUCGACCUCCAGAGCUGCUUCUGGGAGAGGAAAGAUACACACCAGCCAUUGAUGUUUGGAGCUGUGGAUGCAUCCUUGGGGAACUGUUCACAAAGAAACCUAUUUUUCAAGCCAAUUUGGAACUGGCUCAACUAGAGCUGAUCAGUCGUCUCUGUGGUAGCCCUUGUCCAGCAGUGUGGCCUGAUGUUAUCAAGCUGCCCUACUUCAACACUAUGAAACCCAAGAAGCAAUAUAGGAGACGCCUAAGAGAAGAAUUCUCUUUCAUUCCUGCAGCAGCACUUGAUUUAUUGGACCACAUGCUGACACUUGAUCCUAGCAAGCGUUGCACAGCGGAACAGACCCUACAGAGUGACUUCCUUAAAGAUGUGGAACUCAGCAAAAUGGCACCUCCAGACCUACCUCACUGGCAGGACUGCCAUGAAUUGUGGAGUAAGAAACGUCGACGGCAACGGCAGAGUGGUGUUGUGAUAGAAGAGCCACCUCCAUCCAAAGCUCCUCGAAAAGAAACUACCUCAGGAACAACAGCUGAGCCUGUGAAGAGCAGUAGCCCAGUACCACCUCAGCCUGCUCCUGUCAAGGCGGAGCCUGGUCCUGGGGAUGCAGUAGGCCUUGGUGACAUCACACAGCAGCUGAAUCAAAGUGAAUUGGCAGUGUUAUUAAACCUGCUACAGAGCCAAACUGACCUGAGCAUCCCUCAGAUGGCACAGCUGCUUAAUAUCCACUCCAAUCCAGAGAUGCAACAGCAGCUGGAAGCCUUGAAUCAAUCUAUUAGUGCACUGACUGAAGCCAAUUCCCAGCAGCAGGACUCAGAAUCCAUAGCCCCAGAAGAAUCACUGAAGGAGGUGCCCUCUGUGCCUGUGGUCCUACCUUCAGCAGAACAGACAACUCCUGAAGCUUCAAACACACCAGCUGACAUGCAGAAUAUGUUGGCAGUUCUCUUGAGUCAGCUGAUGAAAACCCAAGAGCCAGCAGGUAAUCUGGAGGAAAAUACCAGUGACAAGAAUAGUGGGCCCCAGGGGCCCCGAAGAACCCCUACAAUGCCACAGGAGGAGGCAGCAGCAUGUCCUCCUCACAUUCUUCCACCAGAGAAGAGGCCCCCUGAGCCCCCUGGACCUCCACCGCCGCCACCUCCACCCCCUCUGGUUGAAGGCGAUCUUUCCAGCGCCCCCCAGGAGUUGAAUCCCGCCGUGACAGCCGCCUUGCUGCAACUUUUAUCCCAGCCUGAAGCAGAGCCUCCUGGCCACCUGCCACAUGAGCACCAGGCCUUGAGAUCAAUGGAGUACUCCACCCGAUCCCAUCCAAACAGGACUUACGGAAACACUGAUGGGCCUGAAACAGGGUUCAGUGCCACCGACACUGAUGAACGCAGUUCUGGUCCAGCCUUGACAGAAUCUUUGGUCCAGACCCUGGUGAAGAACAGGACCUUCUCAGGCUCUGUGAGCCACCUUGGGGAAUCCAACAGUUACCAGGGCACAGGGUCAGUUCAGUUCCCAGGGGACCAGGACCUCCGUUUUACCAGGGUCCCCUUAGCAUUACACUCAGUAGUUGGGCAACCAUUCCUGAAGUCUGAGGGAAAUAGUAACUCUGUGGUACAUGCAGAGACCAAAUUGCAAAACUAUGGGGAGCUGGGACCAGGAGCCACUGGGGCCAACAGCUCAGGAACAACUCUUCAGUGGGGGGGCCCAGCUCAGUCUUCUGCUUAUGGAAAACUCUACCGGGGGGCUGCAAGAGUCCCACCACGAGGGGGAAGAGGGAGAGGAGUUCCUUAUUAACACAGAAACAUCAAUGCCCUCAAAGAUUCCUUCCCAACCCGUCUGUCCAUCUAGUCCUCUGAACCUUUAAUGAAAUACUUGCCAGAGCAAGGUAAUCAUCUGCAUUUGGCUACUGCAACACGGUCUGUUGUUUUCCAUGCUCACUUGCUACUAGGAGGCAAGUCAGUGAUGUUGGCACCAGUCCCUCUUGGAUGGGCAAUAGCCAGAAUGUUUACUUCUGCUCUGUGUAGGAGCUAUACUAGAAAAUAACAGAGAAGAAGAGACAUUCAAUCUUAAAGUACUUGUUGCAUUAGCUUAUUGCCUACACUUGGGCAGAAGAGAGUUUUGAGAUGGCUCUGGAGAGGCUUUGGUUUUUAAAGUAGUAUUUUUUUUUUUCUCGUGUGUGUGUGUGUGUG